AUCUCUCUCUUGUGUUCUCGUUUCCUCUCUCUCACUCUCAACUCGUAAUGCUGAAAUCAUGGCAUUGUUUCUGAUCAGCCCGAGGAAGACAGUUCAUCAGCUAGUGACUUUAUCUCAACGUUAUUACAGCAGCUGUUCCAAAAUGAAGAGAGGAUUAUUACUGGGAGUUUACGAAGGAGAUAAUGAUAAUGACGUUGUCCUAACUCCAGCAGCUGCUAAAUAUAAUGAACUCGUCAACGGUAAAUUGGUCACAAACAUAAACCUUGCUGGACCAAAAAUAAAAAAGAGCAAAACUCGCGUUUUCUGGGGCCUUGAAAAUGCACAGCAUGCUUGCGUUGCCGUAGUAGGACUUGGCAAGAAAAAUGUUGGAAUCAACGUGUUGGAAGAGAUUGAUGAAGCUAAAGAAAACAUUCGUACGGCUGUUGCUGCUGGAUGCGGUGCCCUUGAGAAUGUUGACGUUAAAGAAAUUGACGUCGAGCCGAUGGGAGAUGCUGAAGCCGCUGCUGAAGGCUCGCUUCUCGCUUCCUGGAUUUUUCGGGAGUUCAAGAACAAAUCUAAGCAGAAAGUUUUGCCCAAUGUUUCAUUGUACGGUUCUGAUCAAGCAGACAGCUGGGAGGUCGGUAAAAUAAAAGCACAAGCUCAGAAUUGGGCACGUCGGUUAGCUGACACGCCUGCGAAUUUAAUGACCCCAACGAUCUUUAGCGAUACUGUUGCCAGCACCCUCCGUUCGCUUAUUAAUGUCCAGGUUAUUAUUCAUGACAAGCAAUGGGCUGAAGAUAAAAAAAUGGGAUCAUUUUUAAGUGUGUCUCGCGGUAGCGUUCAAGAGCCCAAGUUUUUGGAAAUCCAUUAUAAGGGAGCGAAUGAUGUAACCGAAGCUCCCAUUGCUUUAGUUGGCAAAGGAGUUACUUUUGAUGCUGGUGGUAUCAGUCUUAAGUCCCCAGGUAAUAUGGAUGAAAUGCGCGCAGACAUGGGAGGAGCCGCAUGUGUAGUAGCUUCAAUAAAAGCAGCUGCAGAAUUAAAAUUAAAAGUAAACAUCGUCGGAUUGAUUCCACUGACGGAAAACUUACCGUCCGGCUCGGCGACCAAACCCGGAGACUUGGUCAUUGCAAUGAACGGGAAGACGAUUAUCGUCGACAACACUGAUGCCGAGGGGCGACUCAUUCUUGCUGAUGCACUCUGCUACGCUGCUGAAUUCAAACCAAAGCUUACGCUGGACAUCGCUACCCUCACUGGUGCUAUGGGAGUCGCUCUGGGAGCCGCGGCUACUGGAGUUUUCUCAACUGAUGCCACUUACUGGGAGGCAUUGAAAGCUGCUGGUACUUUCACUGGCGAUCGUGUUUGGAGAAUGCCUUUGUGGCAACACUACAACAAUAAAAUGACAAAACCAGUUAAAGCUGCAGAUGUCAACAACAUGGCUAAAGUUAAAGGCGGUGGUGCCUGCUCAGCGGCUGGAUUUUUGCGCGAAUUCGCAAGUGACGCAUGUCCAUGGAUGCACUUGGACAUUGCUGGUGUCAUGAGUUCAAACAACGACGACCUUAAUUACUUGCAUGGCGGAAUGAGUGGCAGACCUACGAGAACGUUGAUACAAUUCCUACGACAAUUUUCUGCCUAAUUUAUUUAUUUAAGCCACACUAUUAACUAAAUAAUAAUAAAUAAAUAAAUCAUUAACAGAACUCUUUACUUUGUGGCAUUUACACUAACUCUUUUUAUACAACUUUGAUAACUAUUCUUCGAUGCUCUAGACUUCUCUUCCUUGUACAGCUUUACUUUUGUAGUUUAUUUUCUUCAAUUGUAUUAAAUUAAAUUCACUGUCUACUUAUAAUUAUUUUUAAUAUUACAGUACACAUACAUUAGUAAAUGAUUAAUUUUUUUUCAUUGUGAAGGCGAUUUUGAGGUGAUUAUUAUUUAAUUAUUAAAUUAAUUCGUUGUACAGGAUGAGAAAGGAGAGUCAUUAAGUGAUUGAUAAUUCAUUUCUGUAAAAGUUUGUAACUAAUAAAUAAAUAAAUAAAUAAAAUAUAAU